AUGGUUUAUAUAAAAGAUCGCCAAGAUAGUAGUAAUUAUGGAUAUCGUUAUGUUGGUGUAACAACAUCAUCAACUCCUAAUGGAAAAUUUACAUUUCUUAAUGCAUUUCAACCAGAU